AUGGAGCCGCACUGCGAGGAAAUCGCACGAGUCAGCUACACCAACUUCGCCCUCUCUCUGUUCAUCCUCAUCGGUAUCCUGAUAUCCUACCUCCCGCAACAUAUUCGCAUUAUCCGCCUGCGCUCCUCCUUCGGACUGUCUCCGUACUUCGUCCUGCUAGGCACCACCAGCGGCACCUGCGCAUUUGCGAACAUCCUUGUCCUCCCGAGAUCGCGAGCCGACGUCGCUUGUUGCCGUGAAGUGGAUGGAUUUGCUUGUCUGGCUGGAUUGCUGGGGAUCGCACAGGUGGGCGUGCAGUGGUCCUGUUUCGGAGUCAUCCUACUUUUGUUUCUGAUAUUCUUUCCGCGGAACCAACUCCCUCCCACACCUCUCGAUGAGGACAUCGCAAGCAGCUUCGAGCCCAGCCCUCCCGCCUACUCCGCCGCACCAGACGCUGCUCCACUGUCCCCGGUGAAGAAAACCGCACCCCUUGCCCCAUCAUACCGCACGGCUCUCGUCGUUGUGGCAAUCUGCAUUUUGCAUGCCGCGGUGACAGCGAUCCUGUCGUUCUAUUUUAUCUACGCCGCGCCCCUCCAUGCACAAUCAUGGGCCAACUUCCUUGGUAUAUCGUCCGCCGUGCUCGCAAGCAUCCAGUACUUUCCACAGAUAUAUACCACAUUCAAUCUCAAGAGAGUGGGGAGUCUGAGUAUACCGAUGAUGUGCAUUCAGACACCCGGCAGCUUCGUCUGGGCUGCUAGCCUUGCGGCAAGGCUGGGGCCGGAAGGAUGGUCGGCUUGGGGCGUCUACCUCGUGACUGGGUGUUUGCAGGGCACGUUGCUGGUCAUGGGCAGCUAUUUCGAGAUUGUCCGGAGGAGGAGGGAGAAGGAGGAGCUAAAGAGGCGGAUGCAGUACAAUUCUAGUGUCGAGCCUGAAGAAACAGCAGGACAGGAAGCAUCGGAAGAGACGCCAUUGCUUAGGUCAGGUUGA